GGUUGCCUGCUCCAGUGGUCAGGUGCACUAACAGAAUCUUGUGGACUCAUUCGGUGUGGCGUGAGUAACGGCGCCAUGGCAUCAGAUUCGAUUGAAAUGGCAGCUCUUGGAAGAUCUAUGUUUCCUGGUAUGCUUUAUGACUGCCGAAAGGAUUCCUUCAUUCCAGGUGUUACUCUGUGGAACAAGAAAUCAAUGAAUGACAAUUUGGACACCCAUCCUCAGCCCAGGACUGAUUUGAAGUUCAGCAGCUCUGAUUCCAUCUCUGAUAAGUGUAAUUUAAUGGAUAUAAAUGCUUCCCUGAAAGCCAGCUUCUUGGGGGGGCUUAUUGAGGUGGGAGGAUCUGCCAGAUACCUGCGUGACACCAAAACCUCAAACCAACAGUCAAGAGUAACAAUGUAUUACAGUGAAACAACCAGAUUUGACCAGCUCAUCAUCAGUCAGCUGCAGGAUAUCACCUACCCUCAAGUGUUUGAGCAGAAAACUGCAACUCAUGUGAUCACGGCUGUACUGUACGGAGCCCAGGCAUUCAUGGUGUUCGACAGGACAUUAUCAACGGAUGAGAAUAUCCAGGAGAUUAAGGGAGAAUUAAAUGUAAUGAUCAAAAAGAUCCCUUCAUUUUCCAUUGAGGGAAAAGGAUCUGUAAAAAUGACAGACAGUGACAAGGACAAAGCCGAGAAGAUAUCCUGCACUUUUCAUGGUGACUUUCAUCUUGAGCAAAACCCCACCUCAUACAUGGAGGCCCUGGAUACAUACCAGAAGCUGCCCACACUGCUGAAGGAGAAUCCCCAGAAUGCAGUUCCAAUAAAAGUCUGGCUAUAUCCACUUUGUUUACUAAAUGAUAAUGUAGCCAAGCUGGAGAACGAAAUCCGCUUAAGUCUGAUUUCCAACACUGUAGAUAUAAUUGAAAAGCUGAAUGAAGUCUACAGGGUUUCCAGUGACCUGUCAGGAAAUAUACUGACAAAUGAUUUCAGUGACAUCCAAGAGAGACUUGGCUCAUUUCAGGAAUUAGUUGGCAUCUACAAGAUGGUGUUCCAGAAAGCUGUGGCCAGGGUCUUGCCUGAUAUUCGAGGGGGGCUAAAGGAGGAGGGAUCCCUUGAAGAUAUCCUGAAGAUCCACCAUGACUCCCCUUUUAAUGCAGGGAUGCUAAACCAGUGGUUAAAGGAUGCAAAAUCUGAACUUCACCUCCUAAACUCUUAUAUGGAGAUGCUUGAUGGGAUCAAACUUGAAGAUUCAGAUGGUCUCAGCACCAUCCUUCUUGAUCCUGAUAUUGAUGUUGUGGUGUGCUUGACCAUCACAUCUUUGAGCUAUGAAGACCCUGAUCUCAAAAAACAGGAGGAGUUUCUGAAAUCGGACCAGUUUAAGAAGCUAGAUGGAGCAAACGGCCAUGAAACAGAUGUGGAACCUGUCAGAAAGUGGUUUAACAAUCCUGAUGCCAUCAGACAGAUGAGAGAGAGCUUAACUCAAUUCAGGAGUUUUUCAGUGGCUAAUAAAGAUGAUAAGAGAAUCCGCUUCAUUGUUUCUGCUAUCUCAGAUAGCUCCAAUCCAGUCACUUCCAUUUAUCUGUAUGAAAAAGGAGAUCUGAAAAACACAAAGUUUCAGUUGCCAUCCAAACCUCCACCACCAAUAGUGAAGGAUGUCCAGAACCAAACAGUGUCUCUGAAACUGCAGAAGUCCCCAACUGGAGUCACAGUGAAGUACAGAGUCGAGUACAAGGAGUCAAGCGCUGAUUCUGCUGCUGAAGAAAAUUGGUUUGUCAUAAACACACCUGAUGAAGACUUUACUCUGACUGGAUUGGAACCUGAUAAGUCCUACUUGAUCCGCUACAGGAUAGUGGGUGAAGUGGGAGUGAGUGAAGCCAGUGAUAUCAUCAGCACAAUACCAUCUUCAGCACAUCCUUCGAUUGUUGGUUUGCCAAUAGGUCCAGAGUUCACCAUUAUAACGGAUUGUGGCAACUUUAAGGAAAUCAGCAUCACAUUCGAUGAGAAAAUUCUGAAAACCAUCCAAGUGACUCUCAGCAGCGGCAACAAGAUGACCAUUGGAAGUAAGAAAGGACCAAAUGAAAAAGUUUACAUAUUUGACAAUAGUGAAGAAAUAGCUGUCGCAACACUGAGGGUGAUUAAUGGAGAAUUACAAAUUAUUUGGGGUUUGGAACUUGAGUUUGAUGGAGGGAAAUGUUUUUCACGUAAAUGCGACCAAUUGGGGGAUGCUGUGAGUGUUGAUGUGAAGUCAGGAAUGGGUUAUGGCAUUAAGGGCAGAAUUAAAGACGGUGCAAUUGUUGCACAGGCUUUAUACUUCUUUUAGAUCCAUCAAUAAAUACAUAAAUCUACUACUACACACAGGCUUUCUGCAGGUUUCACCAAGUCAAAUUUACAACCUUUUUAAGACCAUAGUGAAUUCAGUUUUUAGACUCAUACAGGGCUAAAUGCUAAGAUUUUUACUUGCUUGUUAAUAGUUCAAUUGUGAUGGAUUGUUGAUGAUUGGGUGUUGGCCUGACUGGGUAGUUUUACAUGGACGUAAGAAAUAUAAGGCCUGUUUAAAAUGAUUUAAGACAAUAUACUACAAGACAAUAUUAAAUGAGAAAUUAGAUUUCGAGUAAUUUAACGACAAAUUAAACAUAUUAUAAAUGUGUGAGUCGAUCAAUAAAUUGGUGGUUGUAUUUUGGGGUAUGCAGGGUCUGUAUUAUUUCCUUUAAUUACGUGUACUUUGUACCUAGGUUGAAGGAUGAAUAAGUUGAUGAACUUGAGAGUAAAGAGUUACUGUGAUAUUUAACAGCCUGAUGGUGUCUCUUAAACUCAUUUCCAAACAGUAUUAAAGUUAUAUUGUUUAGAAAAAGGAAUUUA